CGCAACAUGUGUCAAUGGACAUCAAUUUGACAUGCUGGUUCCUCGACCGUACGGACGACUCGCGCUAUGGCUACUGCUUUAUAUCAUUCUGUUCAGCUACUUCAUCCUACUGCCGACGAGCCCAUCAAAGCUGCUCGGCACACCCAGGUUUCUGCCAACUGACUUUUUCGUCCAUACCCAGCCUCUGGACCAAUUUGAAUGUCCCUCAAGAUAUUGCCUAGACAGACCGAGAAUUCACGAGGUUCUGAGCGAUGCGCCAUCACUGGAGCGGUACAUUUUCAAAAGUGCGUUAUCAUCUGGCUUUGAAGGCGCUAUCAGCAUAUACAACGACACCAGGACGGGCCAGAAUGUAGCUAUAAAGUCUUUCUAUGUCGACAGAAGUCCUUUGCGCAAUACUCUGCCAGAUGCAGCUGUAACAAUCUUCGGAGAAACCAGAUGGCCAACCGAGCUACAAUUUAUGCUGCUACACGCCAAUCAACUGCACACCGAGCGUAGAGAGCCUAUUAACAAUGGACUGGUCAACGUAAAAGAUUACUUUAUCGUCGACGACGGAGGAUCGAAACAAUGGCAACUGGUCACAAAAUUCUACCAGUACGGCACUCUGCACAACGCCGGUCCCAAAAUCGCUCGACUGCUAGAUCUAGCACCCAAUCUCACCACAUCCCACCUGGACGAUAUAUUCAGAAGCUCAUUCGAAGGAGUACUGCAAACACUCACCCGCAUCCAUGCACAAGGAUUCUGUCACGACGACAUCAAACCGGCCAACAUUUUCAUCUCAGACGAUCCAUAUCACUGGCUCAUAGGAGACUUUGGAAACGUACGGGAAACAAGCCACCCUUACCACGACAGUAAAAUAUGGAAGCGGCAAAAUCAGUGGCGAGACUGCCGGAAAAAUGAUAUUCGAAGAUUGAUAAUGGUCUACCUCUCCUUCCUCCGCAGUUUUCAUCACACGGAUAUAUUUGUUUUCGACGGCGAGUUUUUAAAAGGUACACAAGGGUGGGCCAGGUUAUAUUGGGAGUUCUCUGAUGUGCAAGAUUUCGCACCGGCUUCAACAACGCAUAUCACGACAGGGCCAAGUGAAUCGACAAGGGGAACAACAUCGCCGUUGUACUACUACUACUACUACUACUAUGCACCACCUGCCAGAUUUGUUCUUUCUUCAAACCACCAAGCUGCGAAAAUGCAAGUGGAUAGGCGAUUGCAUUGUUCUUUCCGCACGUGGUCUGGCAGAAUAUUCGACAGGUUUCUUUCUUCUUUUUUCUUCUUCUUCUUCUUCUCUUAACUUGUUCGCCCAUGAACUGAACUUAACUAAACUGAACCAAACUAAAAUGAACUGGGCAGAACAAAGACUCAAUUUCGCAAAAGAGAAAAAUAUAAUCACCGGAACAAAAACGCACAAGCACCUUUCUUCUUCAUUGCAGUUUUUUUCUUCUUUGCCCUUUCUUUUUUUUUUUUUCAUCCUCUGCUGGCUUUCCUCUCCCGAGUACUUUAAUAUGCAAUGAGAGAUUGGC